UUUACUUGUUAUAGAAAAUAACUCGAAUUUAUUCAUAGGAUCGGAGAAAUUCAUCUUAACAGUCGUUCAUUUGUCAAUAAAUAAGUUGAUUCAAAAGAAAAAUUAUUAUAAAAUUAUAAUCCAAAUAAUAUUUCAGGUGUUGCAAAUGCAGCGAACUCGAGUGGGUCAGUCGACACAUUAAUUCCAGGACUGCUGUGCCAUGCGGCAGCACAAAUUCAAGUAAUGAAGGAUAAUCUUAUUCACCUCGACGAAAGGACGAACGAGGAAGUGAACAGGAUGCACACACAAUUGAAUAUGGACUCUAUAGAAUUGAAAAAUAAAUUGGUGUAUGAAAAAAUUGUCGAUUGUGUCAAGCAUCACAAAGCCAUAAAAAAAUAUGUUGAUAAAAUCGAAGAUGCCUACAAUCUAGUGCUAUUUACUCAACUAUUCGGGAGUAGUUUAGUAAUUUGUAUAUGUCUGUGGAGACUUGUGAUUGUUGAACCGGUUUCGCUGCCAUUUCUUCAAAUUUACGUGUUCUUGGUCACAAUGAACCUCGAGACAUUUUUGUUCUGCUAUUGGGCAACUGUGCUCUAUGAAGAGAGUGUAACAAUAAACAAUGCCAUUUACAUGGGAAAUUGGUACGUGUACGAUUUGAAGUCGAAAAAAGCUUUGUUGAUUUUAAUGGAAGGCGCAAAACGACCAAUGCAAAUAACCGCAGGCAACGUCUCAUUGGAUCUAUUUAUGGGGAUUUUGAAAAAGUCGUAUUCGAUAUUCGCUGUCUUGAAAAGUUUCACCUAAAUUAUGGAAACUAUUAGAUCAGUUGUUGAAAUACACUAAUGCACUUAUUUCACGCCCAAUUUUUCUCUUUUUGUGUUAUUUUUCAAAUAAUUUAGCAUUCACCGACGUAAGACGAUCAAGUAAUUUCACACUGAGUUUUGAAAUGGAUGGU